AUGGAGACAACUUUGAAAUCUGUUCCUUUGAAGAGGAAAAAGAGAAUAAAUGAGCAAUUCCAUAAACUCUUUAUUGGUGGCUUGUGCUCCAGAACCACAGAAAAAAGUCUGAGGAACUAUUACCAGCAAUGGGGAAAACUUACAGACUGUGUGGUUUUAAGGAAUCCUUCAAACAAAAGAUCGAGGGGAUUCGGUUUUGUAACUUUCUCAUCCGUGGCUGAGGUUGAUGCUGCCAUGGCUGCCAGACCUCAUUCAGUUGAUGGGAAAGUGGUUGACCCCAAACGCGCUGUUGCAAGAGAGGAAUCUGAAAAGCCAGGGGCUCAUUUAGCUGUCAAGAAGCUGUUUGUUGGUGGAAUUAAGGAAGAUACUGAGGAACAUCAUCUUAGAGAUUACUUUGAGAAAUAUGGAAAAAUUGAUACCAUUGAGAUAAUUACUGACAGGCAGUCUGGAAAGAAAAGAGGCUUUGGAUUUGUUACUUUUGAUGACCAUGAUCCUGUGGACAAGAUUGUGUUGCAGAAGUACCACACCAUCAAUGGUCAUCAUGCAGAAGUAGGAAAGGCCUUGUCUAGACAAGAAAUGCAGGAGGACCUGGAGGUGGCAAUUUUGGAAGCUGCCCUGGUUAUGGAGGAGGAGGAUAUGGUGGUGGAGGACCAGGAUAUGGCAACCAGAAAAGGGGCUCUGGAGGUAGCAACUAUGGAGGAGGAAAUUGUGGAAGUGGAAUUUACAAUGAUUUUGGAAAUUAUAACCAGCAACCUUCUAAUUAUGGUCCAAUGA